UGCCGGCACUGAGCUGCGCUGGCGCGUGCCGCUCCGGCCACAUCAAGUGGCGGCAGCGAUCGGCGUGCCGGCAUUCGUGUAGCUGCCGGGGUGGGUACGGGCGAUUCCUAGAGCGGUGCUGACACUUGUUGGGGCCUCCUCCUCCCACACGCAACUCACGGACGGGUCGAACGGGCCCGUGUUCUAUGGCCAUGUAAACAGACACGGGUCUCCCUUCACAUCGAUCGCAUCGAAGCUCGCCCUACGCAGGAAAAACCGCGGCCUGACGUAUACGCAUAUAUGUGUGUAUUCUGCGCGACCAUCCGGGCGGCAGAAAGCAAUGCGUGCCCUGGAAGCGCGCCAGAUCGCACCGGCAUUUGCUCGGAUGUAUAAUACGAGCCCGCCCCGCCCAUUCGUAUGAACGAAUGAAUUGAUUUUUAGGCGGUCGCAUUGUUUAAUGAAAUGUCCGACGUGACCCAAAUCAGAAGAACCGCGCUUCCCGAGCAGUGCUGCAGCAGCAGUCCCCAUUCGCGGGCCGCUGCUGCUGUCGUCGACCGUGCGUGGGACUAAGCGGAUCUCUCCUAUCCGGAUACACCUUCGUUGAGCGGCGGCGCAUGCGAGCAGCCGCCGGUGUGCCCUUGCAUGGCUGAGGACAGCGGCCAGUCAUGGGCUUUGCGUGCUGGGCUCGGGAGGUCCGCCAAGAGACGGAGAGGCGCAUUCGGGCUAACAACCCCGAAUACAACAGCCAGUUUAAUUAUGCUAACAACUACAUCAAGACAUCCAAGUACUCCCUCCUGACGUUCCUGCCACGAAACCUGUUUGAGCAGUUUCAGCGGCUCGCCAACUUCUAUUUCCUAUGUCUCCUUGUCUUGCAAAUGAUCCCGCAGAUCUCUUCCCUAACUCCAUGGACCACCGCCGUGCCUUUAGUUGUGGUGCUGUCACUAACAGCUCUGAAAGAUGCCAUCGAUGACAUUCAACGCCACCAGAGUGACAACCAGGUCAACAACAGACUGUCAAAGGUGCUUCGCAAUGGCCAGCUCGUGGAGGAACGUUGGCACAAAGUCCAAGUGGGCGACAUCAUUUUUAUGGAGAACGACCACUUCGUGGCUGCCGACUUGCUGCUGCUGUCUACCAGUGAGCCAAACGGCCUAUGCUACAUCGAAACGGCGGAACUUGAUGGUGAAACUAACCUCAAGUGUCGCCAGGCCACUCCAGACACAGCUGAGAUGAGCAAUGACAACCAGCUCUUGGGGAGGUUUGAUGGGGAGAUUAUCUGUGAGGCACCAAACAACAACCUGAGCCGCUUUGAGGGCACCCUGUUCUGGCAGGGUCAGACGUACCCGCUGGACAAUGACAAGCUGCUACUGAGGGGGUGUGUGCUGCGGAACACCCACUGGUGCUACGGGGUUGUGGUGUUUGCAGGCCGGGACACCAAACUCAUGCAGAACAGUGGCAAGACCAUCUUCAAGCGCACCUCCCUCGACAGGCUCCUUAAUGUUCUCAUCCUCGGUAUUGUGUUCUUCCUGUUCAGCAUCUGCCUGUUCUGCACCAUAGCAUGUGGCGUGUGGGAGACAGUGACGGGCCAGUUCUUCCGCGUCUACCUUCCUUGGGACAAGGUCAUCCGCUCCGACAACACUGUGGGCGGCGCCACUGCCAUUGCUGUGCUUGUUUUCUUCUCCUAUGCCAUUGUACUCAACACCGUCGUGCCCAUCUCCCUCUACGUCAGUGUGGAAGUGAUUCGCUUCUGCCACAGCCUCUGGAUAAACUGGGAUGAAAAGAUGUACUAUGCACCAAAGGAUGCUCCAGCACGAGCACGCACCACAACGUUGAAUGAGGAGUUGGGACAGAUUGAGUACAUUUUCUCAGACAAGACAGGCACCCUGACACAAAACAUCAUGGCAUUCAUAAAGGCAUCCAUCAAUGGCCGUCACUAUGGAGACGUCCUUGACCCAGCUACAGGAGAAGCUGUGGAAAUCAAUGAGAACCUGAAGACUGUGGAUUUCUCAGAGAAUGCAGAGCAUGAGCCAGGCUUUCGGUUUUACGACCCAUCACUGCUGAAGGAUGUGAUGGCUGGAGACACUGAUGCUCGGGAAUAUUUUCGCUUGUUGGCUUUGUGCCACACGGUUAUGUCUGAGGAGAAGGAUGGCCGCCUUGAAUAUCAGGCGCAGUCUCCAGAUGAGGCUGCACUCACAUCAGCAGCUAGAAACUUCGGAUUUGUCUUCAAGAAUCGAACACCGAAAAGCAUUACCAUUGAGGUUUGGGGUCAGGAAGAAGUCUAUGAGCUCUUUGGUAUCUUGGAUUUCAACAAUGUUAGAAAAAGAAUGUCGGUGAUAGUUAAGAGAAAUGGUGUUCUGAAGCUAUACUGCAAGGGUGCUGACUCAGUCAUUUUUGAGCGCCUUCAUCCAAGCAGUGAGCCUCUCAAAAUCAAAACUACUGAGCAUCUGAAUAAAUAUGCUGGUGAAGGGUUGCGGACACUGUGCCUGGCCUAUAAGGACCUGGAUGAAGCAUAUUUUCAGGAGUGGAGUGAAAGACAUCAUGAGGCUGCGACUUCUCUACAUGACCGAGAGGAGCUGGUGGAUGCUGUAUACGACGAGAUUGAACAGGGCCUGACACUGCUGGGGGCCACAGCCAUUGAAGACAAGCUACAGGACGGCGUGCCACAGGCCAUUGCAAACCUGGCCAUGGCUGGCAUCAAGAUCUGGGUCCUCACAGGCGACAAACAGGAAACGGCCAUCAACAUUGGCUACUCAUGUCAGCUGCUGACAGACGACAUGGUGGACAUCUUCAUUGUGGAUGGAAUGGAACGAGACGAAGUGUACAAGCAGCUGAGCACAUUCCGUGAGAGCAUUGCAGGCGUUGUUUCACACGGCCGAGGUGCCGGAGACUGCUCGGUCGUGCGCUUCAGUGACAAUGACGAUGGCCAUGCCUGGGAGCUCUCAGGUGGAGAGAGCUUGGGCGGCUUCGCUCUCAUCGUCAAUGGACACAGCUUGGUGCAUGCCCUGGAAGAGGAUAUGGAGCUGCUGUUUCUGGAGGUAGCCAGCCGGUGCAAAGCAGUCAUCUGCUGCCGUGUCACUCCUCUACAGAAGGCCCUUGUUGUGGACCUCGUCAAGAAACAUAAACGUGCUGUCACUCUUGCCAUUGGCGAUGGUGCCAAUGAUGUCAGUAUGAUCAAAAUGGCGCACAUAGGAGUGGGCAUCAGUGGCCAGGAGGGCAUGCAGGCGGUGUUGGCCUCGGACUUUUCCAUUGCCCAGUUCCGCUUCCUCGAGCGGCUACUGCUGGUGCACGGUCGUUGGUCCUACCUGCGCAUGUGCCGCUUCCUCCGGUACUUCUUCUACAAGAACUUCGCCUUCACUCUCUGCCACUUCUGGUUUGCCUUCUUCUGCGGAUUCUCGGCACAGACCUUGUAUGACCCAGUGUUCAUCUCUUUCUACAAUGUCUUCUAUACAUCUCUGCCUGUACUAGCACUGGGUGUCUUCGACCAGGAUGUCAAUGACGUAAACUCCAUGCGCUAUCCCAAGCUGUUCACGCCGGGCCACCUGAACCUACUCUUCAACAAGGUGGAGUUCUUGAAGAGUGUUGCACAUGGAGUGAUCUCCUCCUUCGUGCUUUUCUUCAUCCCAUACGGUGCCUUCAGCAACAGCAUUGCACCCGACGGAGUCAACUUGGAUGGGCACCAGCUACUAGGCACCACAGUUUCCACCAUCCUUGUCAUUGUUGUGAACGCCCAGAUUGCUCUGGACACGUCGUACUGGACUGUAUUCAACCACAUUGUCAUCUGGGGGUCUGUGGCAUUCUACCUGGCUAUGACAUUGCUCAUCAACUCUGACUUUGUGGGUAACCAGUUCCUCGGCUCUCUGCGCAUGACGCUUGGCUCGGCACAGUUCUGGUUUGUGGCAUUCCUCACGGUUGCCGUACUGCUGCUGCCUGUGAUCGCAUUCCGCUUCUUCUACACGGACGUCUUCCCCACGCUCUCGGACCGCGUGCGGCUCAAGCAGCGGCGGGCGCGCCGACUGCGCCGCGAAGGUGCACCAGAGAGCGGACUGGGUCGCGCCACAAGUGUGCGGCAGGGAAGCCGGCGUCGUUCAGUGCGUUCGGGCUACGCCUUCGCGCACCAGGAAGGCUUUGGCAGACUCAUCAUGAGUGGCAAGAUAAUGCGGCGUGCGCGCUCUGGUGGCAACUGGAGCAACUCUCUCCAUGUCCCUCCCACAUUGCCCAACCAGCCAGACGACACAAGGUCCCCACCAUUGGUGUGAGGAGUGACUGAUGCGGUGUGGUUUUCCCCCUUGCAUUUGUGCUUUGCAAGAACAGUGGAGUGCACCGGCAAGCACUUCUCGUGCCAUCGCAUUGACACGGUGUCGACAUGGUGCAACCUGAUCUGUCCUUGCACAUCAGUGCAUAUGUGCUGGUCAGGGCCUUAAUACGAUUGCCCCAGAAAGCCCCCCUGUGUGUGGUGCUUCCUGGCAUUGCAUGGCACAGGUGCUGCAGUUGUACGGUCGUGAUUGCGAUGGCUUCGCUGCCGUUGUGACUGUGAUGAAAUUACCGCAGCAUGCACUCUGCUAGCUCGUGGUGAUGGUGGUGCCGUCUUUGGUACACGUGGGCAGUGUUGGCCCACUCCGCAUUCAAAUAUUGCGCAACUGCAUACCAGUACCGCUUUAGCGCAAGUGACGAGUCUUCUUGCUUUGUCACUGUUGUUUCCAUUGCUGUAAUGUAAGAAAAACCUACCUCCCUGCCUGUUAUAUGCCUAUCGCUGUUAAGUCUUAACUCACUGUAACCAGCAAGACAGCUUGAAUUUGUCAUGUAAUGCACCAGGCCACUACAAGGUGAGCGGUAAGCUACAUUUGACAGAAGUGCUUUUGUUUCCUUUCUGUGCCUAUAGAGCUUGUUGCGUACUGUUGCAAUGCAUGCAGAAAAUCAAAUACUCGCGAGUGUUUUGAAAAUGGGAAUUUUGAUUUGAAGUUAUAUUUUGCCACUGCAGAGGUUGAUCAAAUGUUUUUGUUUCUUGCUCUAGUUUGUACCCCUUUUUCUUUUUUUCUUGACAUGUUGGCUCUCCAUUUUCAGGCAUCAUUUUGUACAGGUUCAGAUGGCAAUAUCAAGAGGAUAUUUUUGAAGAGAGCAAACUUGCCAGCAUUUUUAUAAGGGAACUUGGGGAUUAAUGGGGUUAUCCUGCAGACUACUACUAGUAAUGUGCACUGAUGUGUGACGCUUUACUGCCACAAUGCUUUGAUGAUUUUUACUCUGUGCAUUUUUGCACUUGGCAAUGACUGUCUUCUUUUUUUUUCUAUGCAUCAUUGAAAAAGGUGGGAAGGAAAGCUUACCAUGUUAUUUAUUUCUUUGUUAUACAUUAUACCAUGUGGAUUUCUUUUUUUAAGCUGUUAUAUACAGGUUGUUUUUUCUUAUUUCCUGCCCCGAUGAUUUUACACUUGCUUAUCAGUCACUGUAACAACCAGAUUGUGUGCACGCAUCUGAAAAGUUCUGUUUUGUGCUGUAAUGUCUUGAGUGAUAAUGUUAAUUAUUCCAGCAGCCAGGUUGCAGGUGCAAGCCUUCUGAAGGUACCUCAUGUGAUGAAUGUACUGAAUGAUGAUGAUGACUGUGCUUGAAGGAUCAAAGAAUUUGCCUAAUCGUGAAUGUCAAGAGCUGCAUCCAUUAUUUCGUAUGAAAGAGUGUAAAGAAAGUGAACUCGUUAUCAUAUUAAAACCUGAUAAGGAACUAUUUCUUGUUUCCAAGAUUACCAGUUAAGUAUGUCUUCUCAGUGUAUCACCAAUUACUCAUGGUGACAAGUGACAUGUGAAUGAGGAGGACACGACGCAGAGUCGUGACAUACGUCAUUUACAUUCAUUUGCCGAUGUUGCCAUGCCACUAUACCCGUGACGUCACACCAACUUGCAAGUCUAGGCUGAUCAGGUGGUUGGUGCUGUCAAGAUGUGUUGAUAGUGCAAAUUUUGUUCCCAUUUUCUUCUUGUAACAACAACAUUGUGUAAUCAACAUGAGCAUUAGAAAAUGUGUGUGGAGUGUUUGUGAGACUGACUGCGCUUACUUGGCCAAGUGACUUUGAACGGCUAACUUUGAAUGAGUGCUGGUGAAAAGAGCUUUGUAUGGCUUGUGUUGUUACAGAAGAGUGAGGCUUCCAGUGUGACCGCUGCUGGAAAUUAGAUUUUAUUUCUUCUUUUUUCAAUGCAGCCUUUUGUAAAAUGGCUUGGCACGUCCUUGUAGAGCUGCUGGCAUAGGUAGCUGAUGCAAAGCAGGCCAAUGAAACUGCAUCGUACCUGCCAACACUUCUGGUGUGAAACAUAAUCGUUAGGAGGACAAUAGACAUCAGUACUAGUGACAACGAUAAUUAUGUUUGAGGAAUGACAUUACAAAUCCGCAGUAAUUUUUGUAUUCUGUCCCAAGCGACUCCUUUUAGGAUAUAAGUCGGGGGAAACCAGCAAUGCAUUUACUGGUCUCUUUAAAGACUAGAGGAAAACACCACAAUUUUUAUUAACUCUACCGUGGAAAAAUUUAAAGAAUAUUCAUGUUGCAAAGAACAUUGUUAGCAAAGUACAAAAGUGUGAUGCCAAUGUGUGUUCCGCAAAUUACAUUGAAAGUAGGGAAAUAUUGCAAAUCAAAGAUUGCAAGUGGAGCGAUGAAAUUGUUUAAAGAAGAAAGAGAUGAAAUAAAAGGGCACAUUGUUAUGGCUGCACAGACAGUGAAUACUAGAGCGCAUUUACUCAGUUUGAAGGUCUACUAGUGUCUCAAAUUAGGGCUGCAGAUGGGACUGUCCAUUUACGUAAGGGCACACAGUGAGUCAGUAUAGUCAGCAGAGAGCAGCAUGUGCUAUCACAUCACAGCCUUAAUUCUACAUGCUGAUUUCAUGCGUUAUAGAAAGAGACAUUUCAUGAAGCACUUGACAGAUUACAAAAUGAGGGUCACAUUUUGUCAUUGGGCCUUCCUCAUGCACUGGUCACGCAGAUUGUUUGAUCUAUCCGAAUGGAUAACCUGGAAGUUGUGCGUCUCUACCACUACACUUGAGCGCUUUGUAACUACCACGCUAGUUUACACACUGAAAAAUUUGAAAACAUGAGCACGAUAAACUGGAAGAUGCACAGCUUGUGCUUUUCGCAUGCCUGUGUCGUUGACAAACGCCAACUGUGACCCGCCGAUUUGAACUUCCCAGAGGCUUGAAAACCGCACACUAGUUUGUUGGCAAGAUCCGGAAACUGCUGAAUGCAGCCUCCAAAUCGUGCAAACAUGGCAGUGAACUCUUUGCAAAUGUUGGUCAACUUUCUUGAGCAGUGAAAAAUUCUACCUGUGGCAGCAACAGCGAGGAAAUUCAGCCAAAAUUCUGAUGCAGCACUGGCUGCUUUUGACGUGCAGAGGAUGCAUGCAUUGUCCCAAUGCACUUAUGACGUAUUCUCAUACAUUCCUCCAGUUUGAGAAAGUGGAACACAAUGCUGUAUUCAUCUGAAGUGGCCACUGUGCUUCAAUAAUACCCCUUGGCAAUUCUUGCAUAAACAUUUUGUUACUAAAACACUUUCACUACCAAGCUUUCUCAGCAUCUACUCUACUUGAAGGCGGUGGGCUGGGAACACAUUUUUCAAGCAACUUAUCGCUAAAAUUGCCAAGGAGCACUGUUGAAAUGCAAUGUCUACGUCAGACAUUGGGCCUAGUG